AUGAAACAAAGAAGUUGCAAGGAGUUAAGAAGCAACGUUAAUGGCUUCGAAGGAGACGAUGAAAUGAAGAAACUUGAUUCCCAUAUUGUUCCUAAAAGACUCACCUUGAACGAAAAUAAAGCAUCAUUUAAAGAAACUUUCAUUAUUGUAAGAAUUGAAUUGAUUAAGAAUCAGAUACCACAUUCUCUGGCAAGAACAUGGAUUUCGAGAGAAGAGGGUGAUAAGGUUUUUUCUAAAUACAUGGGAACAAAAGGGGGAGAUUCUCAUGACUCAUGGGUGGCGAAGACGCACAAAGCGGUGAAGAAAGCUAACAAUUCUGUUCUUGGGUAUGUGAGUUCCAAGUCUCACUGGGCAUUGUCUCAUAGCCAUAUUAGCCUGAGGGCACCACAACCCAAAAGUGUGGAGAAGAUUGUGAGCAAGGGCAUUGAUCUCUUCAGACACAAGAAACCUUUAAAUAUUGAGUUGGUUCAUCAACUACGUUUGCUUGAUAAUCAUUUCAUUCAAUGGCGAUUUGCAAAUGCAAGAGCUUGUGCUGUGAAUCACACCAUUUUCCUCAAAGUUUGGGGCACUUUCAUAUGUGCUUUGAAUAGUCAAGCCAAAUUGCGAUAUUCACUAGUACUAACGAAAAUAGAGAUAGAGAGAGAGAAGCUUGAGAUGAAACUGGAGGGUAUACUGCAAUCUCAAAUGAAGCUAUUGAAAACAUGGAGAUCUAUGAAAAAGCCAUAUGUAGCUGCAAUCACCUUAUUGCAAGAAUGUUUGUAUUCUGUUGCAUGCAGAGUUCAUCUUUUAGAAGGUGCAAAGGUGGAUUUGAAAUUAGCAUCUGGUUAUGAAAAGCGUGCAUUGAAUCUAACAAAUUCCAUGAAUUCACUUUUGUCUACUUAUUUACCCUUGGCUGACGAGAUUGCUGGAUUGCUAUCAGAAUUAGCAAAAGUUGUUGUACAGGAGAAGUUUCUCUUACAGGAAUUCAAUGACAUGUUCCACACCAUAUGUCUCCUUCAGCUUGAAGAAAGCAGCCUAAGGUGCAGUCUUAUUCAACAUAAUUCUUGA